GUUAAACCCAGCUGUGCAUUGUACAAGUGUUGUGGUGGAAGCAGUUGUUGCCGAAGGAACAAUGGAACCUGUAAAACUUACAUUUAAUGUAAGAUUCAUUACCUUUAGAAUUUUAUAAUGGGAUCUGUGCAGAUCAAUAAUAAAUAUUUAUAUUAAAAUGUUACAGUCAACUCUCUCUCUUAGUGGACACCUCUUUAAGUCAGACACCUCCCUAAGGUGGACACCUGGUGUUGGUCCCUGCCGUUUUUCAGUCAUUUUACUGUAACUAUACUCUCUAUAAGAAGACGGACACUUCUCUAAGACGGACACCUGGUGUUGGUUCCUGCUGUUUUCCAGUCAUUUUACUGUAACUAUAAUUAUACUCUCUAUAAGACUGACAUCUCUCUAAGAUGGACACCUGGUGUUGGUUCCUGCCGUUUUGUAGUCAUUUUACUGUAACUAUAUUCUCUAUAAGAUGGACACCUGGUGUUGGUUCCUGUCAUUUUUCAGUCAUUUAACUGUAACUAUAUUCUCUAUAUGACAGACACCUCUCUAAGACAGACACCUGGUGUUGGUCCCUGCCGUUUUCCAGUCAGUUUACUGUAACUAUAUACUCUCUAUAAGACUGACAUCUCUCUAAGACAGACACCUGGUGUUGGUUCUUGCUGUUUUGUAGUUAUUUUACUCUAACUAUACUCUCUAUAAGAUGAACACCUCUAUAAGACGAACAACAGACACUUUUGAAACUGUCAACGAACACUCUUUUUAGCGACUUUCUUCAGAAAAAUCAUAUGCUGGUAACCUAGGAUUUCAGAGGUUCAGACCAAUACUUGGUCCAGUACAAUUUUCCUUAGAAUACAGCCUUCGCUUUACCAUUGUAAUGCAUAUCACGGUAGGAUCAGGCACUCUGUCUCUAUCACUCCAUUUGUGAUCUCAUUAUAUAUCCACCCAAGUAUAUAGUGAUGUAGAGUUGAAGAUCAUUUUCAAAACUUGUUGAAAACAUGUUUCUGCCCAAACCUCAUUAAAUCCAUAUACAGUCAAAUCCUGCUACAUGUAAUACAGAGACUGAGGCCGGGCCAUAAAAAAUGUACGUAUUAAUGGGGUGUCCGUAUUAAACAGGUUAAAUUUGGAGAAAAUGGAAGGGCUUUCUCUCCCUAGGGAUGAAGCAAACUGUCAGGUCAUGUAGAAGCUCUGCUAACCCUAAAAGCCAAUAAGGGUUUGCUGCCCAAAACGUAAAACAAUGGAAAUGUAAUGAUAAAUAAUUUUGCGUUAUUUUUCUCUGCGACCGAUGAGAAGACACCUGACAAGCAGCUGCUACAGUAUGAAACUGUCUGCAAUAAUGAGGUGUGUGUAUUGAGCGGGUGUCCCUACAGCGGGGUUUUUCAGCAGGUACAGUCAUCACAAAAAAAAAAGGAACCAAACAAUAGAGUUCUCCUGGGAGCUUUAUUGUUUGGUUGUGUUGUUUCUUUUUGGUGUAUGUAAUCUGUGCCUCGGUACCUACAGAAGGAACCGUAAAACAAUGUUUCACUGUAUUACAGAAGUUAAAAAUCAACACUUGAGUCAAGUCCACCCGUGACACCACACUCAGUAUUUUUUCUCAUAUUUUGAAGAUGUCAGAUUUCAAAGAUCACCUAUUCAGAUGUGCAGGACCACCAAGUGACAACAAAUUGGUGUAUUGUUCUGGUACGAAAUUGUUUUGAAAACUUAUCCUGAUAUUUUCUUGUUAAACAAGAAACAUUAGCACCCGUUACUUUGCAACCUCCUAUGUUCAAACUACUCUAAUUUUCCAUUAUUUAUUUUAACGUUUUCAGGUCAUUCUAAUCCGCCAGAGUUAGAUUUACUCUUAUUAGCAUUGGAUAAAGGACCUACAGGAAAAGAGUUUGAUUUUACCUUCCAGUCCAGAGAUUCGCCUGACUUGGUUAGAUCAAUCCGUCUUAUGUUAUCUUGUCUUCAUUUUUCCUCGACUUCAUAAAUAGUUCAUUUAGGGUUGAAAUGGAUUCAGUCGCACGAAUUUGUCAAUUUUAAGCGAGGUAGAACAGAAAACCCUUCCAGAUUUUAACCGCGACGUAUUCUUGAAAUGUGAAUUUUGAAGUGUCCUCUUUCCCAGUAUUUUGGCUACCAUAUGGAGACAAUUUUCCAUUGUUGGUCGCCAUUUUCUUUUAAGUAAACCGGAAGUUCCUCGAUCAACUUUACUUCCGGUUACAUCAAAGCGGGGUAAAAAGACCCCAUCUUGAUCAGCCGGGCAUAGUGGCGCGUGCCUGUAAUCCAGCUACUUGGAGGCUGGGGUCUCUGAACGGCUUGAGGGUGGGAUUCCUUGGGGCGGUUGUCCUAUGUAGAUCGGGUGUCCGCGCUAAGUUUGGCGUCAAUAUGGAGAACACGGAGGAAUGUGAGUUCUCCAGGUUGGUUAAAGAGGAGCGAACCGGCCCAGGGUGGAAACACAGCAGGCAAAAGUUCCCGCAUCAAACAGUAGUGGGAUAGCACCUGUGAAUAGGUGAUCGUUCACGGCCCGUUCAAGAUGGUCGAUGCUCGUUCGAUGCACUCACUCGUGAAAUAUUUUUCAACACUUGAAGAGAAAUUUCGUAUUUCCGCGCGGCCAUGUAAUAUCCCCUAUUUAUCCAUUUUCCAAUAUUUCCUCGCAAGUUAGAAACGUAGCCAAUUUUUUUGUGUGCUUCGUUUUUUACAAGGUUAACAUCCGUUACCUGUUUUCUAUUCGAAUAUCGUAUUCGUUUUUUGUUGAUUUUCAUGCAUUUAUUUUUUGUUUAUUUAUUAUUUUCUUUCUUUUUCAGAUAGGUGAGUUAGGCCGACUUCUUAUCAACAUUUUGGCCUUUAUUCCUGGUGUAAUUUUAUGCUUCUUCCCGUCAUACGAUUAUGAAGAACAAGUUUACACACAUUGGCAAAGGACCGGCAUCCUAGACAAAAUGAAUAAAAGAAAAAAGGUUCAGUUAUGAACAAGUCAUUGUUUUCUCUUUCCCUUCGUAAGCCUGACUCAUCAUUGUACUCAGUCCUCUUCCUGCCCAACUCCGAAUUUGCAAGGAAUAGUACUGGGAACGAGAUUAGUGCCGAGACGGUUACAAGAUAUAAUGUUUUUAAUGUAUAAGGUUAAAAAUUCACUAGCUCCAGAGCAUGUAUGUAAUAUAUUUUUUCAGCAAGAUAAGCAUUAUAACUUACGAAGUGAUUUUCCUGUUCCAAGAUACAAUACUGUUAAGUAUGGCAAGCACAGUAUCAGGUAUUUAGGCCCACACAUAUGGGGCAAGAUAAGCCAGGAACUAUGCAGUAAGACCAGUCUUCAGGCAUUAAGGAGAGGGGUGCGUGCUCUCAUUGUGCUUGACUUGCUGGACGGUACGUGUGGCUGCUGUGCAUGCUCAUCUUAGAGUGGUGGGUAUGCAUAGUGGCUUCUGCUGUCUGGCUGCCUGGUGUAUUGGGAGUGUCCUCCCCUAUCCUCUAUUUAAUUCGUCUAAUUUGAAUUUUCUAGACUUUUAACUUUCUGAAUUUUGUAUUUAUGUUUGAUUGCUGCUUAUAUGUUUGUCUUGUAUUGUCUGUUUGUUUGUCUGUGUAUAUGAUUGUCUGUUUUGUUUUUUGUCUAUCUAUUUGUUUGUCUUUGUUUGUUCCCUGCUUGUCCUGCUGUUUGUCUGUAAUGAUUUUAUAUAUUAAUGUUAUUUUUAUAUAUUGAUGAUAUUUUAGUGAUAUAUUUUUAAUAUUUUUAUAUUUGCUUGAUUUAAUCUUGUAUUAUAUUCAUUUUGUUUAUUUGUAGUGUCCACAAUUAGCUUUUAGCUAAAUACCUUGACACUUUACUAAAGUUUAUGUUUGUAUGUAUGUAUGUAUGUGGUGGUUUAGAGCGAUUUCUUUCGCCAUUCACAGCCGAGUUGACAAUAAAUUAAGUGAAACAGUCAGAUUUGCAAUCAAAUAUUUCCACCCAUUGCGCAUGCCCAGUGCGGGGAAUGCUUCUGCCAAGUCAGGAGUCUGUAAAGUUGCGCGCGAUUUUCCAGCCAAUUGCAAAGCUAAACGUAGCAAUAAACGAAGCAUUUAAAAUAAUUUUAACACCAGUGAAAGUGAUUCUAUGCAAAACCCCUUGUUCUCCUUCUCAUCCCAUCCCGAGAAAGAGUGGCAAAAGACGGAGCGUAAAACUAAAUAUUUCCAGCAGAAGAAUCUUAGGAGAACUAAACCCUUACGAAAGGAAAUUGUAGACGUAGGGUUACCAUAGAAGCUCUUAUAAGAUGUUUUAACAGACUUUUAAAGAAUGUGUGACUAUUUUUUCGUUAUAGGUAUUUCGCGAACCAAGGAAUGCUAGCCAGCUUGGUCAAAUUCGUUCAUCAUAUGCUGAUUUCACUGAGGUCCGCUGUAGAUUUUUUCUUUUUUUAUGUGUAUAUCUUAACUUUCAGUAUAUUGUUCUAGCUAUUAAUCAUUUCCUACUCUUUUUAUACUGCAGAAUUUUGCUGUGAGCAGUUCGUCUUCAAAUGGUGCAGUUUUAUUCUGUGUGGUAGGGGGAAAGAUGAGUGAACGAAUUAACUUUUCUGAUGAUCUUGGCAGGUAAAAACACAACACUUGACAACUCGUAAGGCCUUAUUUUAAGCGCCGAACUCUUCAUGAGCCAUACAUAUUCAGUCAUUUUCUACCUCGGCUCUCAAUAACGCGGAUGUCUCCCCAAGACGGACACUUAGUGCAUGCCGGUCCUGGCAACGUGUCCUUCUUGUGGUCUUAGAGACGCUAUUGAUUCCUUGUAGUGAAGAUGAUCGGUCAAUCCACUUUUCAGUUGAGGCAGGGGUAUUUAUUGAAGUGGACAUAGAGCGCAGCAAUUUGGGGUGAUACGGUGGUCUGGUAUAAAGAAAAUGGAAGGUACGGUUGUAGUAGUGCGCUCGUUGAUUACCUGCGUAACAGUCGUUUCCGUUUUCUCUAACUUAGCCAAGCGGCCCGGAAGCGUGGAAGAUGGAAGACGCGCGAGGGUAGGAGCCAAAAAAGGGACCUUACGUAUCUUCCGCGUUUUUUUUUUUUUUCCUCGCUUCCAAAAAGAAACGCGAAGUUAC